CCGGCUGACGUUCAGUGUCAUCAUCAGGAGCUGCCUAGUGACAAUCACUAAGGGGAAGAAAUAAACAUGGCACCUACACUGGCUACGGCGCAUCGGCGCCGAUGGUGGAUGGCAUGUACUGCAGUGGUCGAGAACCUUUUUUUCUCCGCAGUACUUCUGGGCUGGGGCUCCCUGCUCAUUAUGCUUAAAUCUGAAGGAUUCUACUCUUACAUGUGCCAAUAUCCAGAAAAUACAACAUAUUACAACUCCACAAACAGCAGCGCUCUUCAUGAAAAUGACACAGACAGAGAACAAAUCAUAGAGCUGAAUGGCUGGCUGGUGUGUAAAGAACAAGAUGAAAUGUUAAAUCUGGCUUUUACAGUGGGUUCUUUCUUGCUUAGCGCCAUCUCACUUCCUUUGGGGAUCAUCAUGGACAAGUAUGGUCCACGCAAGCUGAGACUAAGUGGAAGUGCCAGUUUUGGAGUUUCUUGUCUGCUUAUUGCGUAUGGAUCAAGUAACCCCAACUCUCUGUCUGUGCUGAUAUUUGUAGCCUUAUGUCUGAAUGGCUUUGGUGGAAUGUGCAUGACCUUCACUUCUCUUACACUUCCUAACAUGUUUGGUGACCUGCGCUCAACUUUUAUUGCACUGAUGAUAGGGUCCUAUGCUUCCUCCGCUGUCACCUUCCCCUUUAUCAAGGUUAUUUAUGAUCUAGGAGUGAGUUUUAUCACUAUUCUUAUUGUCUGGGCUGCCUGUUCUGGGCUGGUCUUUUUCAACUGCUUCUUUAACUGGCCUCUCGAGCCUUUUCCUGGACCAGAAGACAUGGAUUAUACUGUGAAGAUAAAGUUCAGCUGGCUGGGCUUUGACCACAAGAUCACAGGAAAGCAGUUUUAUAAGCAAGUCACAACUGUGGGGAGACGACUCAGUGUGGGAGGCUCCAUGAAAAACCCUAAAGAGAUGUCAGCACUGCAGGAGGGCAAUAAGUUAUGUCUGUCAACUGUGGAUCUGGAAGUGAAAUGUCAGGCAGACAAUGCAGCAACUCCAUCCUUUAUGAAGAGCGUGUUCAGUCCUAUUUUGCUACUAAGCCUUAUCACUAUGUGUAUUACCCAGCUCCGACUCAUUUUCUACAUGGGAGCCAUGAACAACAUUCUGGAAUUUCUGGUAGAUGGAGACUUAGAGUCUGUGAUGCACACGGUCAGUUUGUAUACAUCCAUCUUUGGAGUUUUACAGUUGCUCUGCCUGAUGACAGCCCCUGUUAUUGGAUACAUCAUGGAUUGGAAGCUCAAGGAAUGUGACGAUGGCAAUGAUGAUGAUGAGAAGGAUGCUAAUCAAGAUGGAAAGAAAAAGAAAAAGCGCGAUCGUCAAAUUCAAAAGAUCACAAAUGCCACCAGGGCCUUUGCAUUUACCAACUUGCUGCUAGUAGGCUUUGGAGUCACAUGUCUUGUUCCAAACCUGCCCUUACAGAUCCUGUCUUUUAUAUUGCACACAAUAGUGAGAGGAUUCAUCCAUUCUGCUGUGGGUGGACUCUAUGCUGCUGUAUACCCAUCAUCACAUUUCGGUAGUUUGACGGGCCUGCAGUCUCUCAUUAGCGCUCUUUUUGCACUCCUUCAACAACCUCUGUUCUUGGCUAUGAUGGGACCUUUGAAUGGGGAUCCACUCUGGGUCAAUGUGGGAAUGUUGGCAAUGAGCCUGCUCGGUUUCUGCCUGCCACUCUACCUCAUCUGCUUUAGGCGAAGUCUGGAACGGCAAAGGAAACAAAAAAUCGAAGACUCCAAACUGUACCAGAAAAUAAAUGGCACUCCUGAUCAUGAAGCUUUUGUGUAAACAAAUCCAGAAACUUGGCCUGCCCUGUACCCGUACAAUGUUCCUAUUUAUAGAUCUUGGGGAAUGUUUCACUCCAGCAUAACAAGUCACCAUUUUAGAAGAUAUUUCAACCUUCAGCAUGUCAUCCGUGCACCGGUUUUCUCUUCAAGUAUAAAUGGAAGGAGGUGGGAUCUCUGUGCCAGAGAAAUCUACUCUUUCUUAGUUCGAAGUCUAUACUUUACCAUAUCUUGUGGUGUAAAAGACAAACCUCUGUCCAUUUUGUUGACUGGAUUGCAAAUUCUUCCUCCUGUGCCCUCUAAUAAAGGGUCAUAGCUAUUUAGCAGUAACUCUUGGCGACAUGAGAUGUGCUGGACUAUUUUGCCAUAAAGCUGGAGCCUAUGACCUAUUAUGUGGAUUCAUAUUCCUAGGUACUCAGCACAGAAGUAGCAGGAAUUUUAAUUCUUGUUGUGAUUACUUCUGAUUAGCACGACCGCUUGUUCUGACAACGUGCCAGUGGCGAUGGCAGUUAUUGUCAUCAAAUGUCUCCUCUCGGGAACCGAGAGGUUUUCUUGAAAUAAUUUAGCCUGAACUGAAUCUUGUAACCGCCAAACACAGCACAGGACCACCUUGAGGCCCUAUGACCACGGCUUUUCCUAAACACGAAGUUAUAGCACAAGGAGAGGUGUCCUGUUCUGUGGUAAAACAAGAUGCUAACAGCAUUUUGUACAUUACCUUGGAGGAUGUGUGCUCUUUUAGUGAACUCUUUCUGCACUAAUGAACCUUGCUGCUGUCCAGAUUUAGUAACAGUAGAGAAAGGCAGAUAUAUCCAUUUAAAAGGGAUAACUCAUCCAUCCUAUAUAUUAAUAUGGGUGAUGAGAAUCAACCACUCUUGUGAUGAAUAUAUGUCGUGCCAUACUAUCCUUAGAUCUGGUUGAUUCUUACUUUUAUACACCAGGAAUUGGUGGUUGGCGAUCUGUGGCACUGAGGAGGAUGCUGCACUUCAUCUCCCAUGAUGCUCUGCCUCUCGGUCAUUGAGCUGUAGUGCAGCGCCCAUGACAGUACCAGAGAUUCUUAGUCUAUGUUCUAAGCAAUACCUGUGUUUCUGUUUCCACUUUGUUUUCCUCUUUUCUUUUUUGUUUUAUAAAUGACUAAUAUGAAUAUGCUGUUCUAUGUUCCUUGCAUGACAUGAUUAAGUAUUUUUGUAUUUGGACAUAUAUUGUUUGUGAUUUAAUUUCUGUUUGGUGGAGCUAGAGAGAAUCUUUGUCAUAUAUCUGCUGAAUAUCUUGGUGACUAAUCAAAUGAAAUUAAGCAGGAAUCCAGUGUGUUUCUACCCUAUAGCCAUUCUUGAUCUUCAUUUAUCAUUUUAUACUCUCUUCCUUUUCCUAGAUUGUGGCUUUAUUAUCAUUUCCUAUCUUCAUUCAAGUGUUAUCAUUUCUUAUGACAUUUUGAUCAUUUCAUUCUUUGUCUUCUGGUUCUCGUUAGGUUCUAGUUAUGUUAGUUAGUAUUUUUUUUUAUACUAUUCCAGUUUUUUAGCAAACCGUUCAUUAAAUAAGAAUAUACAUGUUUAGGGAUUUGCCUUUACCUCACUCCAUUGUGCCCCAAUGUAAGAUC